UGGUCCAUUGUGGUACUGCAGUGGGAUGUUUCUUUUUUAUAUAUUCUUUUGUAUAUACAGCUGUGCAGACAGCAUGUGGAUAUAUAACGUUUAUGGGUCAUUGAAAAAAAAACACUUCAAUUGAUGAACUACAUCUGAGCUUGUGGGUGAAUGGUAAUGUGUAAAUAUAGCCGUAGCUGAUGCUAAUGCAUCACACUUCCCAAAAAAGAAAAUAACUUAAUGGGAGGAAGGUGUGUUUUUAUAUAUAUUUAACCAAACAUUCAUUGUUAAGCUGUGCGUUCAGUUGUUAAUGUGUUGACGACGCACGACUGUUACGUUGUUUAUUGAACUGUAUCAUAGUGAGUGGAGUUUGUUCAGUGAUACACAGUGAGUCAACACAACUUUUAAAAUGAUUAUAGCUCAUCUGUUUUUGUUUGUCCCAACGAUGGAGUUAAUAAUAUGGAAAAAAUCUCAGCCUCCACAAACACGCUGGGAGUUGAUGAUGGGGUUUCAAAACCUGAGCUGCUUCAGUGAAACUAAAACUUUUUCUUAGCAGUGUUUGUGAAUAACGUCUAUAUUUAUAUUUUCUUUUCUUUUAUUGUUUGUCCACUGUCGGUAUUACCACUGUACUGACCAUGACCACGCUCAGCAUCAGCGCCCGACACUCUUUACCCAAGGUCUCCUACGCCACCGCCAUGGACUGGUUCAUCGCCGUCUGCUUCGCCUUCGUCUUCUCUGCCCUAAUUGAGUUUGCUGCUGUAAACUACUUCACCCAGGCACAGAUCGAACGGGCCAAGAAGAAACCGGCCAAAUGUCCCCCCGGUCCCCAAACCACGCCUGUCAAGGUCAAGGACGGCGAGGAAGUGCUGCAGCAAAAUCCUGACACCAACGGCAACCUGAGGAAACGGAUGAAUUAUAUCUCCCAGCAAGAUUCCAGAGGCUACCAGAGAGCCCAGUCCACCACCUGCAUCGCAGGAGUUGGUCGAACCAGAAUGCAUCGCUCUAUCGUUGGCGGGGUCAACGGCAGCUCAUCCACCCUCUCCCGCUACAGCCCAAAGUCCGAGAGCCUCCUCAGCGUGGCGUCCUCCUCCGCCCAGCUGGUGAAGAGCACGCCCCAGGUCGCUGCCUCCACUCCGGAUGUCAUGGCGGGGACACCGUGCAAGCAGAACAACAGCGCCUCCUCCCUGCAGCACUUGCUGGGCCCCAAGUUGGAGCGCAUCCACAUGAGGGAGAAGAAGCAGGAGGUAAAUCCGACGCCGAGCGCUCAGCCAGCCACUGCGAGUAUGGGUGGGACCAGCAAAAUUGACAAAUACGCGCGGAUCCUGUUCCCAGUCUCCUUUGGGGCAUUUAACAUGGUCUACUGGGUGGUUUACUUAUCAAAGGACGCCAUGCUGGAUAAGGCCGGUUAGACGCCGCUCUGGCAACAACCGUACUUUUAUCAACUGGAAAGCAUAUAAGGAUUAUUGGAGUGUGCAAACAAUGGGGAGGAAGCCAAAGAGAUAAACACAGUUUGCUCAGCAAGAACAUCCAUAUCCUGGAGAACAAUUAGAAAGACGUUUUUAUUUUUCUUCCUGCAGUCCUCAAAACAGCCGGCUUUGGACGGAAACGACCGAAUUAGAAACAUCUGACUCGACAUGCGUGAGUGCACCUGCACAAUGGAAUAAAAGUUACUGUUCCCUUUGUAUUACUUCAUGCACACGUCACACUGUAAAGGUUUUUUCGUCAACUUUUACUGCCUCAUGAUCUCUUUUGGUCUGCAGUCAUGAAAACGCAUGGGAUUUUUUUUUUCUUUUUUUUUUCAUUUACCUAUUUUUGUAUCCUGCACCUGGAACGAUGUUUGGAUGUGUGGGCCAUUAUCCUGAGAUGAACUGAAACUGCUAAGUACACACACACACACACACACACACACACACACUCCUAACAAACUUGACUGUAAACCUGUUAAAAUGAGUGAAGCUCAUAGUUUUGGUCUAGACAUCGCAGGUCAUGACCUUCUGAGAACGACACCUCCCAGAAUUGAACCACAGUUAGCGGAAAAUAUAGUAUAUUUAGAGAAAUAGAUUUUUUUUUAGUUUCAUUUGAAAAGAGAAGUUCUAUUUGUCUGGAAACUUUUUGACUUAUACAGCAUAUACAGUAAAUACAUAC